CAACCCUGUAGACAGAGCGAAACCAGUUGAAAUGAGAGCAAGCACGUAGAGACAUGAACACGGAGCCGACUCAGGAAAUGCUGUUUGGGUUUAGGAAAGGCAUCUGAAAUCGCCCUGCACCGUUUAAGAAAACCGAUUUAACACAAUGUCGAAACAUCUUGUAUUCCAGUUUGGUGUGUUUUAUGCAUUAGACCUACUGUUCGCUGGAGUCAUUGGUUUUGUUCCUUCUCCAACAAACGUCAGUGUUGUUUGUCACAACUUUGUGAAUGUCCUCUACUGGAACUACAGUAACCCAACCGAACAGCUGAAAUUCAGUGUAAAGGUUAAACCUUACGUAAGUGAUUCCCAAACCGCUGACACCCUUCAGACGUACCUUGAUAUCAGCAGCUACAGCAGAGAUGUGGGUGACGAUUACAUAGUGUUCGUGACGGCACAUGACGGGCAAGAGAAAUCAGAAAGCGUCUCCAUUACAUUCCCCUACAGCCAAGACUUUUUUGAAGAGAAAAAAAAAAAAUGCUCUUUGGACUCCCCUGCUGUAAAUACAUCUGUCCACAAAAAUGUGAUUGAAGUGUCCUUUCAGCACCCUUUCUUUCUUCAUCAGCAAGACAUUCUGAAUGAAGAGUUUAUGUACACAGUCACACAUGAUGAGCAAAAGGUUUUAUACUCAUGUUUUGUGGAGGAGAAGCUGUGCACUGUAGAAAUCCACCUGAACGAAAGUACUGCUGGACAGUGUGUUGAGCUGAAGUUUGAAGGGAAGAUUGCUGGUAUUCCUUCAUAUACCUACAGAAAUGUUUGUGUCCCUCAGCAGAUGCCAGAGACCGACAAAUCAGGAUUAAUCGUAGCUGUGCAAGCUGGAGGGACCAUCGUGCUCUUCAUUAUCACUGGCUUUCUGUGGCUACUCUGCAGGAAGUUGUCCAAAAUCCCCAAAAGUCCUGAAUUUUUGCGAAAUGUUAUACCUGGCCAGUCUCUAACAACCCAACCCGAGCCAACUGCUAUUUCUGCAAUGACACCUCAGGGACACACACCCCUACUGACAGAUGACACUUUUAGUUAUGGUUCUCCACCCAUUUCCCCAAAUGAGAAAGACUGCAAAGAAAACACUCUCCUUGAUGAAACAAUUGUGCGUCUUCCUGAGGAGUCUGAAGAGGAUGUGAAUUGUGAUGACUUUGAAGGCUUUGGCUUAUCGUCUGACUAUGACAGUCCCAAAUUCCUGCAAGAGAUGAGUCCGGGGGACAUUACUGAAGGAUACGGCCCACGGCCACCUGUAAUUUAGGUCUGAACAUGAAAAGAUGGGCUGUUUACACCAAGUCAUUUGAUGUAAUCAAAUUAACAAUUUCACACACUGAUGAGCAGGCUUGUAUAAUGCAGGCAGUGUGACGUCUGCUUCUCACGGUGCACAGUGUUUGAUUGUGGUGAGAGCGAUCAUUUUUUUUGUGAUGUGCCACAGUUUAGAUGCAUUGGCUGUUAACUACAGUCGUGGUGAGUUUCCCACUAACCUGCAUUAAGAUAAAUUAAUGUGUAAAUAAAACCAUUUUGCUGUAUCAUUUUUAUCAAGGUCAUAAAAGGCACUUUACCUC